UGUGUGAUGACGUUACUACUCAGAAGUCAUUUAUUUUUGCAUAACCUCAUGUUCUGGAUUGUUAUUCUGCUUAUACCGCAGCUAUUUGUCAAUUAUUACGAUGUUUAAAGUAUUAAUGAACAUCACACAUUCUAAAGGUUAAGAGUUAAUGUUGUGGAACGUCUAUGAGAGAAGUUAGUUCCUGUUAUCACUUACGUUGUAUAGCCAUGAUAAAUAGUCAUUCCCUCACCAGCAUCCCUCUCUCUCUCUCUCUCUCUCCCUCUCUCUCCCUCUCUCUCUCAAAAACCACAGUUUGUCAUUGUACAGAGAAACUGGAAAGUGUAAACUCUGCCCUGAAGAUGGGGAACGUAGCAAAGCACUGUGACUGUUAGAAAACGCUUACAAUCGAGACUCCUUACGAAUAUUUAAUAAAUGUCUCCUAACAAAAAACUUCACUACAUCAACGAUUAUGCAUUUUUCUUUGUUAAACAAUAGCACAUUUUUUUUAUUAUGUAGAGCAUCCACUGGUCAUGCAUACGCAAGAAUUGGCGAGGGACUCCAACUCCCAGGCAUGUUGCUUACAAACAUAUCCACUUUGAACUUCAAUUCCCAGCACACACACUCACUGUCAUGUUCACAGUCACCCAGUUUCUGAUUACAAACACCUGGAUUCAGUCACCACUCACCACUAUAUAAGCACACACCAAACAGACCCUCAGUGUUCUUAGUUCCUGAUGUGCCAAUCCUUGUUUAUUGAUAUUGACAUUCUGGUAUUUGAAGUCUACUAUUGUCCUUUGUUUUUUGAAUUCUGCUUUGCCUUGUUAAUUCUGAUUGCUGAUCACCUGACCAUUGCAAGGUUUUUGAGGCUGUUUUUUGGCUCAUGAUUUUGGAUUGUUUACAACAUACUUUCAUUUGCAUCCCCUUCUGCCACAUGACCCUGUCAUACAAGUCUUUGUGAUUGAACCAUUACUAUAGACACAAUAAAAUUUUAGAACAAGUACAUUAAUAUUAACCUGUCGUUCAUGUUACAGACGAGCCAUGCAGUUAUUUAAAAAUAAUGCACACCUUCUGACCAAUCAGAUUUGAGAAUACAACUGUGUUCUGGUAUAAUAUAUUGUCAUAGGGUGAAACAUAUAUAUAUGGAAUAUAUUCAAUAAUCUAAAUGAAAAUGGUGUGCCUGGCCUUAAUGGUAAAUCAUUUAUUUUAUCAAAAUAUCGUCACAUAUCCUCUCUCCAUAUAUGCUUUGCUUGUGUGUCAGGUGAAACACUCCCAUCUUUAAAUCUGUCAUCACCAGACAAGCCCAGUACGUUAGGUGGUGAAGCUAUGAUGGCUCUAGCUCAUAAGAUGUGCAGUUAAUCAUUUCAAACCUGUUUCCUUUUCAAGAGUUCAAUCAACCUAUAGCCACAAAGAAAGUCAUAAUUCAGCGCUUCUUUUUUUAAUUUAUUUAUUUAUUUAUUUUUAAAUUUCCACUGGGCCAAGCAUAAUGUGCUUACCAGACACAAAUGGCUGUAGCUUCUUCACACUUUUGCAACCUAGGCGUGUUUCUUUAGAGCACCGAGUGUCAUGGUGAAAAGAGAACUGCAGUGGGAUGAGGUGAGAAACAUUUGAAAAGGCUUCUUUCACAGAUUGAUGGUUGUUGCCAUAGUGAUAGUGUUAACAGGUCUCAGCUCUUUUGGAUUGGAUGUACAUGGGUGGGCACAGACCGACUUGCUAAAUUCUUUCUUCAGGGUAGUGGUUUGAUGGCAGCUUUAAAAGGAGGCACCCUGAGCUGUGUGUCAUCAGCCAGUUUCUAAGAAAAGUGACAGAAACAUUUAUCAUCUGUUGCUAUAAAAUAUACAGUGUUGUGUUGUAUUGUUAUUUGUAUGGAAAUAAAUAGAAGUCAAGUGAAAUAUUGCUACAGUGCUUGCUAAUGCUUUGUACAUCUCCUCUCUCUCUCUCUCUCUCCCUCUCUCUCUCUCUCUCUCUCACUCCGUGAUCACACAGCAGAUGCUGAGAAGGUCACAGCUAACAGAAGUAGGCACUGUGAUGCAUCUUGAAUACAAACUCAUAGACUUUGUGCUUCCUUAGCCAUGAAGAGGAAAUCUUGACUUUUUUUAAUCAUGUCACAGAUUUUUAUUAUGUAACAGACUUUUCUAGCAGGAACAACCUGUCAUGUGGUUUUGCAAGUUCGAAGUAUGAAUUUUCAACAUGGCCUUUCUGGAUGAAUCAGGUGAUAAACCCACUUCAUUUAGCAAAGCUAGCAUUUUUUUUUUAUUUGUAAUGCUUUCCUGAAGUUUAUUCACCAAGAAACACAACAACUGAGCACACCACAUUCAGUUUCUCAUCUUUCUGUCAGAGUAAUGUCAUUGAAAAAACAUUUUGGUUCCCUAAAGAAUGUUUUGGUCUAUUUUGGAACUAUUUGUUGUUGCCACAAUAAGCACAAAUUAUUAUUUUCCAUCACAAAGAUUUGUCCACAAAAUGGUAACAUUUAUGAUGGGCAAAGUCUACUAUGUUCACUAUGGUCCAUCAAUCAAUAGGGUCUUUAGUGAAAAACCAAGAAAAUGGUUCUUUAAUUGCAUAUAAAGACACUUUUCCUGGACCUUAAUCAUUUCAUGCAUAAAUUGUUUAAAACCAUAUCUGGAUAGUUUAUUACUUAAAAUUGCAUCUCAUAUUAUUUUUUCUAAAAAGCACUUAUAUUGAAGAGUAAAUGGAUUUUCUCUUGUAUAGGAGUAAAAAUGGAGUGUAGGAGUAAACUUUAUUUCAGAAUUUUUUUUUAAAAAAAAUCUUUGUUUGUAAACAAAGAUUCAGGCCUAAAACAUUAAUAUUCCAGUCUAAACUAUGUUGAUGACCACAAUGAUAAAAAAAAUUAAUUUGUGAGCAAAAUAUAACAAUAUUCUUUGCAUGUACAAAAAUUUUGCAGGUUAGGAUUGUUGCAUGAUGCAGCUGAUUUCAUAGGUAAAAUAUUUUCAAUAAAAAAGUAUGAGUGUACAGUAAAGUGUAACAACAGCGAAAGACAAUACCCCCUCCUAGCCAACAGAGGUCACUUUCACCAGAAUUCUAGUUUAGUUGUUCACUUCCAGUUCUAUGGACUAUAAAAGAAUGAUUUCCAGAGUCUCAUUGCGAAGUCUUGCCAAUCUUUCCAACUGUGUAAGUUCUGAACCAUAUUACUUGUUGUUGACUUGUCUGCGUAUGAUUAGCCCUUGCCUGACAGCUCCUUUGGAUCAUCUCUGUCUGUCUGAAGUCUUGUCUUACCUGAUUGAGUUCUUACUUUUUCCUGCAUUACAAUUUUGCAAUGUGAAAAAAACCCCUCUGCGUAUGCGUCCUCAUGCCUCUACCUGAGUCUAGAUUGUUGCAAGACAGAAGGAUAAAAUGCCAACAAUAAUGAUCAUAGUCAUUAAUUUAUUUCACACUGGAGAUUUACUAGCUCUCCCUCCUGCCUUUGCAACCCCUGACAGCAGUUACUUAGUAACAGGUGCAUCCUAGUGAAAGGAUUUUAAUAAUCAAGCCUAUAGCUUGGUGUGACCUUGUUAUUUGAACAUUUCUACCAAUGCUUGUGUGUGUGCCUUGUUCGUGACUGUGUCUUCACCCUGCAUCGCUAAUGGCUGUGUGUGUGAGCAGGUAUGACAGGGUCUCAGUGUUCUGUCAGGUUUAGGUGAUAAAGGUGUCGGUGUGACAGUGUGCUGAGCUCACAUUUUCUGGCUCUAGAAGGAAGGAAACAUUUUUGUCAUUGUAUUUUGCUCUGUUACUUUUCUGAUUUCCUUUAAUUUCAGUCAUGAUGGUUUACGCAUUACCACAAAGGUGAAAAGAGAGUUCACAUAGUUGGGCUUUUUACCAAGUUAAUUAUUAUAUGAAAUUCAUUUACUUUCUGUGGUUGUUUGGAAUAUUUAUAAAAAUUAAAAUGCAUUUGGCUUUUCAGGGUACAAAUUAAAACAAAAAACAGACAUUCAGGGCUAAGACUAAUGCUUUUUUGCAUUUUUGUCUACCACAUUAUACUAUAGUUAAAUAUUGAAUAACACCUCAAAGUGCAGACUUUCAGCUUUAAAUUAAGGGUAUGCACAUCCAAAUUAGGAACAUUAUAGGAAUUACAGCAUAUUUUAUAUGUGGCUCCCCUUUUUAAGAGACCAAAAGUAAUUUCACCAUUGGCUGCUCAGCUGUUCCAUAGUUUCAUUAUUUCAUUUACAAGUGAGCAGAUAAAAUGUCUAGAGUUGAUUUCAGGUGUGGUAUUUGCAUUUGUGUUAACUUUCCGUAAGUCCAAUGGAACUGGUUCCUUUGUAUUUAGUGAUGAUGUGACUGCUGACAAAAGCAACAGGAUGAUUUCUGAAGUGUAUAGGGCUAUAUUAUCUGCUCAGAUUCAGCCAAAUGCUUCAAAACUCAUGGUGCUUCACAGUGCAGAACCUUUUUAAGGUAAAGAAGUGGAAUGUUCUGCAAUGGCCAAGUCAAUCACCAGACCUGAAUCCAAUUGAGCAUGCAUUUCACUGGCUGAAGGCAAAACUGAAGGCAAAACACUCCAGAAACUGAAGAAAAAGGCAUGACAGAGCAUCACCAUGGGAGAAACCCAGCAUCUGAUGAUGACUAUGGGUUCCAGACUUCAUGCAGUCAUUGACUGAAAAGGAUUUGCAACCAAGUAUAAAAAUGAAAGUUUAAUGUAUGAUUAUUUUAGUUUGUUCAGUUACUUUUGGCCCCUUAAAAAAGGGGGGACCAUGUAUAAAAAUGCUGUAAUUCCUACACCGUUCAACCAAUUUGGUUGUACAUUCCCUUAAAUUAAAGCUGAAAGUCUGCACUAACCUUGGUAAUGUUGAUUAUUUGUACUGUGAUAGCCAGUAAAUAUACAGUUACUUGUCCAAAAAUGUAUGGACCUGACUGUAUGCAGUUUUGCACAUAUUAAGUCUGUAUUAUAGCUGUUUACAGGGAUACUCUAUGACAUGCACCAGUACAAUGAGGAUUUUGUUCCAAAAGGAUCUAGCGUGUACAGUUAUGUGCCAACACUUGUCUCCUUUCCUGUCAUGCUUUCUGACAGAAGCACUGGUAUCACCUGUCUUUCACUCUUUUAUCGCUCUCCUGGGCUGUGAGUUGUACCUUCUUCAUUUUAUCUUCCAGAGAACACCUGGGGAAUCAAACCACAGACCCGGCAUUCAUUCUCCACAUCUUCUAAUGAGGCCCCAGUUCAUGCAAUGCAGUGCAAAGCUGUUCUCUGCUACCGGAAUUACACUGCUUUAAAUAUUACACUUCAGUGCUGUCUCAGUUUUAAGCAUGUUUGCAUUUAUAGUUUACUUCACUUAAGUCAAGUCACCUUUACUUAUAUAGCACAUUUAAAGACAACAUGUCAGUCAUCAAAUAAAAUGAAAUAAAACAAAUAAAAUGAAAUAAAACAAUAAAACAUUAAAAAGCAUUAAAAGACAAAAACCACAGAUGAUAUAAAUACAGGAUAAAACAGAAGACUUGAUACUAUAGACCUUAAAAAGACUCGAAUGUCUUUUUUAAAACGGGUAAGUGUACCAUAAUCUUGGACAAAAGUAAUCUCUGUGACAAAAGUCUGGUAACCUUAAAGUUCACCUGAGGAACUUUUAAGUGGUAAGCCAUGACUUCUUCUUUCAUACUAAAUAUAAGGUAACAAAGAGGCCAGAUUCUUUGGGGAAGAUUAGUGAAUACACAAGUGAAAUAAGACAAAAGUAUGCUUACCAUCAGAAAUAAGGCAAUAGCUAUAAAAUAGCUACACAUCUGAGAAUGCCCAUAUCCAGGAUCAGGGCAAUAAUUAAGAAGUUUAAAACAAUCAGAGCUGUAAUGUCUUUGCGUGGAAGAGGACACAAGAGUAUUUUGCACAGUAAGAAGAGUAGCCUUGCUGUCUGGGUAGGAGGAAUUGUGUUGCUCUGUCCCCUGCCAGUCAGACACUAGCCAAUCAUAGAUGUCUGUGAGCUCAUGUAUGUGUAACAGGGCAGUUAGUACUUUUCUCUGAGUGUGUUCAGGAGGCCUGUGAUGAAGCGUGAGCUGCAGUUUGAAAACAUGUGGUCACUUCAUGUGUCUCAGAGGAGUACAGAAUAAUUGCUCUAUUUUCCCCAUACGAUACUGUAUGCCAUCUUGCCAAUGGACUUUGGUUAGUGAGUGUUAGUGUGUAUCAGUAACCUGGCAACAUUGUGAUGUAGGCUGCAUUGGAAGCCAAUCACAAAUUGUUUUGUUAGAGGUAUGUACCUUCAUAGAGAUCAAAACACUGCCUCAUAAGACAACUGGCAGCAGACUUUUGUUUUUGACACACAUAUGGACCUUAUGAUAUAAACUGGGUGAAAGUCCAGCUACUUCUGCUAAAAAGCUACAUCUGGGAUGUGGGUGAAUUGUCAAUGAUCCAAAAAAAUCUGUCCAAAUCUACAAAAAAUGGCCACAGAGUCUUUUGUUUUUGACAUUUCAGUCCAAUGACCUAAACCUGACCUGUGGUGUGAGCUGAGGAGGAGAGUGAACAAGCGAGGAUCUAGAAGCCUGGUGGAUCAGGAGAGAUUGUGUACUGAGCAGUGCUCUCAGAUUCUCUGCAGAUUCUCCAAUGUCAUUAUACGAGAACACUUGGGGCCGUUUGCAAAUAGAAAUUGCAAAAGGGGUGCAAAUACUUAUUUUCUUAGAAUUUCUUAAAUUUAUAUUUUCAUUGUGAGAUUAAACAAAUUAGCCAGCAAGACAUUUUAUAGCCUUUUCUUUUUUCUUCUCCUAUAAUUCUGGAGCACAGUAGCACAUUAAAAAUGUAUGUUGCAGCUGUAAAGGUGUUUGAAAUGUGAGCUUUAGAGAUUUCAGAACCAUGGAGAGCGCUGUUAACCGCCUCCAUUAUCUGUGUGUGGGUGUGUGUGUGUGUAUAUGCUCGUGCUCAGAGAGUGGGCUACCAACUGUUCGUCUGUUUAUCAACCUGUUACCACAUAAUAAUACACAGCAAAAUUGCUCCCAAACCUUCAAUCAGAAAGAGUCAGAAAAAGAAGUAUCCCUUCAUCUGUUGUCAGUCACAAUAACCACAAGAAAAGUCUUGAGAAAUCCAUUUGGUGUAUUUUCUUUACUAAUAGCAAAUAUAUCUGCAAAAUUGGUUUUUAUUUUGCUGUGGUCAUUUAGGUAUGUGGGAUGAAUAAAAGUAGGCUGUAAAGCCAGCCUUUUAGGAUUAUUAAAUGCUACUAGGUUUGUGUGAUAUAAUGAUUUAAUCGUCUAAUACAUGAUAUUACACUGCCAUGAUAUCCAGUAAUGUUUACACUGAUUAUACUGUAUUAUUAGACCUUUUGUGGGAGCUUCUCAAUGUCAGAGUACGAUUGUAAGAGUUAUCACUCAAAAACACAGCAGAGAGUCUUUUUCUCUCCAAUAAAAUGGCAGAUGAGCCAAUGGCAUAUGUUGGUCCCGCCCCUUCCCCUCGUAUCACAUGCUCUAAAUUAGACUUGUGGAGUGCCUUGCUUUCUGUCUCACACUGUCUGUCACAGCAACUGAAAAAUGUUUUCAUUUCAUUAAUAGGAAAUAAAAUCUAUCAGUGUAGGUUCAUUUUAGCUAACAUUAGCCAGGUAUACUGUAUAGUUAUCAUCAGUUCGACAGGUUUGUCAACAAUCCAAAAAUGUUAGGCAGAGACAAAGUAAAAAAACAGGUGAUGGUCGAGAAAAAUGGUCAUGAACAGUUGGACACUGAUUCCGGCAUGGACAUGACAACAUUAUUAAUUAGGGAUGCCACUGAAAAUAUUUUGGCCAAAAUUUGGAGAAAAAAAGGCUGGAAAAAAAGGAUGGUUAGGAUAUUUUUACCUAAAAAGAUUAAAUUGGCUUAAAACUAAGUGUCAGAUCUAACACUUUACAAAUAAUGCUAAUAGUAAUGUUCAUUAGAAAGUGUUUUUUUUUUUGCUCUCCUGCACCGAUCAGCACUGUUAAGCACAUUGAGCAGCAGCAGAACAGUAAGAAUGUCGGCCAUGUUGACAGUAUACAGCAAAUUUGUGAAAGGUAUUAUACAGAAAGUGUACUGUUAUGUUUUUACAGUUUGCCAUGCAUUACUGCAGCUGAGUUUUUGCACUUGCCACUUCCCACAUUGUCCUGAAUUCAGAUUUCUUUGCAGAAUCCAUUACAGUGUUGUGUCUGUUGUUCUCUUGGUAGAUUACAGUAAAUCUUUAAUUUUUCUACACAGUAAUCACCAGAGGGCUGCACAGCGAGUAGCACUGCCACCUUACAGCUCCAGGGUCCCAGGUUCGAUCCUGAGCUUGGGUGAUUGUCUGUGUGGAAUUUCCCAUGUUCUUCCUUUGUCCAUGCGGGUUUCCUCUGGGUUCUCUGGUUUCCUCCCACUUCCCAGAAACAUUCAUAGGUGGAUUGGCUAAGAUAAAUUGCCCGUAGGUUUGAAUGAGUGUAUGAAUGUGCGUGUGCAUGGUGCUCUGUGAUGGCGCUCCCAGACUCUGUUCCAGUAUGACCCUGACAAGGAUAGAGUGGUUACUAAAAGUGAGUGAAUGAGUAAGAAAUCACCAGAACAAUGCCAAAAAAGUGUAACAAAGAACGCUGCAGUGGAAGCCAUGAGUGCAACAUUGUGCCAGAUGCCAACUCCCCAGCAGAAUUGGACUCUGUUUGUGUGCAUUUGCGCUGCACAGUAGCCUAUUCCUAACAGACGUCGCAAACUGUCUUUGGUUGCAAUGACACAAAGUCAUGUUAAAAUUGCAUUUUUUUUCAUUUUGUUUUUUUUUUUUUUGUUUUGUUUUGUUUCUAUCUCUCAGAUUGCUUCUAAGCAUCUCAGUGUACUCUCAGCUCUUUUAUGUCAAACAGGGAGGGAAGGGUAUGGUGAAUCCGGAUGGUAGUGUGUUUCUAAUGAGUAAAGGGAAAUUGAAAGCAGUGAAACCACCUGUGUGGUCACUUUGAUGUGGCCCUCCUCUAGCCUUUAGCUAGUGCAAGUCUUUAACUGAAUGUUUGUUUGUUUCCUGCUGUCUCCUUCUGCUCUGCAGGACUUGUGAGGUUUACAGUUCUUAGGAACAAAUUGAGCUCCAGGUCAGUGUUUAGCACUACAUACUUUUAGAGUUUGCCCACACAUACAGAACACAGGCUCAGUGUGCUAAAACUACAAGACUGCCUGAAUGUGUGGGGGUGAGACUAAACGAUUAUACUGAGACUGAUCUCCAACUUAUCCACAGAUUCCAGCAUCAGUGACCUCAAGUCAUUUUCACAGAUAUCAGCUCAGGCUGUGGCAUCUGUAUGAGUGAAAUAGUAACACCUUAAAAUGCAUGGGACUUUUAAAACAUUUUAACCUGGUUAUACAGAUCUAACAUAAUUAUUUUUAAAACAUUAAAUUUAAACAUUUUAAAAAACAUUAAAGAAUUUAAAAAAAAAAGAAGUACAAUCAGAUGGUCUAUAAAUAAAUCUAGUAUUAAAACAUUAUUGUAGCAGUUAUUUUACAUCAGACCACCUCCACCUAGGCUGUAGUGAUGGUGUCAAGCUCAUCCUGUUAUGUUUUUUUAAAAGAAAUUACUUUGGUUCCAUUUGCCAGGUUAAUGUGUAAAUCUAAAACCUCGUUCCUGUCACAUGGACCAACAGCGGUGCAUGUGAGAUGUAUGUGUAAUAUGCUGUUCAUCUCUAUCUGUACUUCUAUAUUAUUCCUCCUUUUCCUGCUCCUCUUUCUUAAGUGCACUUUCCUAUCUCUACCUAAGUGCAGGUCAACCUCAUUAGUUGGUCUAGAAUGUUCUGUAUUAUAACGUCAUUUAAAUGCAGCUACCCAUCGCAGACAGAUUUUUAUAUGAAUGCCAUGUACUGCAUGAUGUUUCUCAUCGUUUGUAGGUGAUAUAUAUAAAACGCUGAUAUAUAAUUGAUUUUAAAACUCUCACCUUGUGUGAUAGUCUGUACAUGCAAUAUAUAUGCUAUAAGCAUGAAUAUUUCUGUAGAGGAAAGAAAAGAACAUAGUCUUUUUCGAAUACUUAGAAUAUUUGUGGAAUGUUUGUGUAUUUAAUAUACGAUAUACAAUUUUCACCUAAAGUUUAGAUACACGUACUUGUGUUGUUUAUGUUGUUUUUAUGUACUCUUUUCCAUAUUUUAGAAUAAUAGUGAAGACAUAUAGACAGUAAUAUAAUGGUAAUUUUCAAUAUGUUAAUCAGAAAGUUCUUCUUUCUGAUUGGCCAGCCAGUGUGCAUUAAUUCCUUGUAUCAGGAUGUCUUCAAAGUAGAUUUAAUCAAAAACGUAACCACAGCUCUAAAACAAUGUGCCUGAUGCUAACAAAUUGGAUUGUAAGCAAGGCAACAAGCAUAAAUAACACUUUUAUUCAAGACCUGUAUUUAUACUUCACUAUCACCAUCAUUAUAUCAAGAAAACAAUAAACGGUGCACUCUUUUUCACAUUAUGCUGUUCUUUGCCUUUGCUUCAGCAUUUAUUUAACUAUAAAAGUACAUUUUGUUGGCUGUUAUCUCUUAUAUAGAAAAAGGAAUUAUGCAGCGACCAAAAAUUGCUGAACAAAUCAAAACUGUUUUAGAUGGUCUAAAGUAGAGUUGAUAAAAGAAAAUGUAAUGACAUCUCCCCCAGUACUAUUGAAGCUCCCCCAUAUGCUGAACAUUUCUUUACAUUUUUUUAAAAUAAAUAAACGCUUCUGUAUGUAUCGACCUCAGUAUUUAUAAUUUUAUCUGGUAAUGCGUGUGUGUUGACUGGGGUUUAUGUGGUUCUCCUAUUCAGGAAUGUAAUCAUAAAGAAUAAGGAAACAUGACGGGGCAUGCUGUUAAAGGAAAAUGUUAUAUGGACUGACAUAAAGCAUGUCCCAAAAGCCAACAUUUAUAUUUUUAUUUAUUAAACAAUAACACACAUACUUUUUUAAAAUCAAUUUCUAGUUACAUUUAAUGUUGUAGAACAUCCUGUUAUUACUCACAUUAUGUUCUUUCACCUCUUUCUCCUUCUCUCGCUUGUCACAUAACUGAAAACCUGCAAAGCACAAACUCCUCUGUCCUGAAGAAUCUCCCCAUGGCGUAAAACUUAAAGGAACAGCUUUACCUCACAGUGCUGACACUAAUUGAAGUCACUUUUUAAAAAUCCGUUUCUUAUUAGUCAUAGAUUAUGUGCAGCAUCCACCAUGUGGAUGAGUUCUUGCUAUAGGAACAAUAACAUAUUAUAACAAGUGCAUUAAUAUAAAGCUGUGAUUUGAAUUACAGUGCUAUUAUUGUACAAGCUCCUGUUAUAGAAAAUUAACCAAUGCCUUCUGACCAAGCAGAAUUGAGAAUUCAGCGCUGUGGUAUGAAUAAAAAAACUCAUGACCCAUAGUAGGUGGAAAGUCCAAGGGCGCUUGUGUGAAAUACAAUUCAUUGCUGCUUAUGUAACACAGCUCACUUCUAUCACCUGGUGUUCAGUCUAUCCCUGAAACAGCACUGAGCUGAAAUCUUGCUCUCCAAAUGGUUUGACACAGCCACCAUAAGCAAGCUUUUUUUUUUUUUUUUUUGAGUCAUAACUCAUCUCUGUGUGAUAUUAUUCUGCAGAAAGGGUGCUCUGUGUAUUAGCACAUUUCUGUAAUGAGUAGUGACUGCCUGAAGUCUUUCCAAUGAGCUGGCACAGAUGGAAUAUGUGUUGCAGAACAGCUGUAUGGAUGUCACUGAAGAGGAUUCUGGGUAAUUAUGGCACAGACCUAUUACCUACUUGUCAGUAUUGCGCCAUGGACUGGUAGUCAAUGCCAGCACCUUAUUCAUUCAUUAUGCUGACAUGAUUGUGUGGAGGAAAUUUCACUGUGCUUGCAAUGUGUGAGAAUCAAUACAGCUCAGCUGAAAGUCACAGUCUGUUUAUCAAUAGACUGUAGGUCACAUCAUAUCCAACAUUAUAAUGAAUCUCUUCAUGCAUCAAUCAUUAGUGUUGUUGUAGUGGCGUGAAUAAUCGCAAUAACGUAAUAAUGUAACUUAUGGGAAUUAUCUAUAUAAGAGGUCUAAAUACAGUUAAAAAAAAUCAUUAUUGUAAUGAUAAUGGUCAUAUGACAGAGUAUUAGUUAUGCUUGGUGCUAAAGUGCUUGUGUUUAAUUGGGCCUUUUAAAACAAUGCGUGCCUGAUAAAUUAAAGUGGAGGCUAUUUAAAUGGCACACUGAAUGCAAAUGAGAGUGGCCCUUAGGCAGCAGCGUGAGAGGUGGAGGGAGGCAGCAGGAAACAUUUACAGCAGUUCCUUAAUUAACUUUCGCUGAAAUGGUGGUUCAUGGUCCAUUCUUUUCUGAUAAAAAUUCAUGAAAUGAAAAAUAGUACAAAAAAAAAACAACAUAUACACAUAUGAUGCUCCCUCACUAUUCAUACUCCCUCAAAAGAAUUUAAUUACAUUAUAGCCGUACUCCAUCUAUCUUAGAAUAUGGCUGUAGUGUAACAAAAUAAAAAAAAAAAACAUUCUGAAUGCAUUGUAUGUCACAUGGUUUGUGUUUAGCAACACAGGGCAGUAUUACUUAUUCAUGGAGUUCACCUUUAAUCCCAAUGUCUGUGUGAAUAAAUUACAGUCUUUAAGUGCCGUCCUUAUCUACAUGAACCACUCGUGUAUUGUUGCCUGGUGUAAAUUUGGAUAAUUGCUUGGCAGUCUAAUGAGAUACUUUUGAAAAUUGGUGGUAUUAUUAUUAUUAUUAUUAUUAUUAUUAUUAUUAUUAUUAAUGACAGCCAGGUUGUGUGCAGAGCCUGUAGUAAACCAAUUCAGCCCUCAAUAUGCCUCUCAGUAGCAGAGGAUUUGUGGUGUUAUUUUCAUUAGUUAUCUCUCCAGUAUACCCAGACCAAUAUGCAUUGUGUUUCUCAAACAAUUUUUUCAUAAUGCUAUCAUUUAAAUUAUGUAAAAUACAAAAAAAAAAAAAAAAAAGGAACAAAAAAAAAGAUUUCCUUCAUAUACUCACUGAAAAACUGAAAAAAAAACCCUUAUUGAAUUUAUUUUAUUCAAAUGCGUACGUUGGUUCCACAUGAUUGAAUUGAGGUACAUUAAAAGAAUUUGUUUUCGUACUUUCAAAGCCCUGAAUAAAAUCAAACACUGCGCCUUCACCCAAGCUCAGGAUCAAAUCGGGUUGCUGGUGUUGUGUAGAGGCACCAUUACCCACUUCACUGUCAUAUCAAACAUGGUUUAAUCAGGUCAAUUUGAUACUAUAGUCACUUCUUCCCAUCAGUGCCAACAUCCUCGCAAGAAUUUAUAACAUAUUUGGAUCACAUUAAUAUUACAUAAAUUGAUCACACUCACUCUACAUAAUUUAAUAAACAACAAAUAUAUGUAUACCAAUCAGCCAUAACAUUAAAACCACCUGCCUAAUAUUGUGUAGGUCUCCCUUGUGCUGCCAAUACAGCUAUGAUCCCCCAAGGCAUGGACUCCACAAGACCUCUGAAGGUGUGCUGUGGUAUCUGGCACCAAGACAUUAGCAGCAGAUCUUUUAUGUCCUGUAAGUUGUGAGGUGGGACCUCUGGAUCGGACUUGUUUGUCCAGCAGAUCCCACAGAUGCUUGAUGAGAUUGAGACCUGAAGAAUCUGGAGGCCAAGUCAACACCUUGAACUCUUUGUCAUGUUCCUCAAACCAUUCCUGAACAAUUUUUGCAGUGUGGCAGGGUGCAUUAUCCUGCUGAAAGAGGCCACUGCCAUUAGAGAAUACCGUUGCUAUGAAGGGGUGUACUUGGUCUGCAACAAUGUUUUGGUAGGUGGUAUAUGUCAAAGUAACAUCCACUGCCUCCGCUGGCUUGCCUUCUUCCCAUAGUGCACCCUGGUGCAAUCUCUUCCCCAGGUAAGCGACGCACACAUGAACCAGCUCUCCACAUGAUGUAAAAGAAAACGUGAUUCAUCAGACCAGGCCACCUUCUUCCAUUGCUCCAUGGUCCAGUUCUGAUGCCCACAUGCCCAUUGUAGGUGCUUUCAGUAGUGGACAGGGGUCAGCAUGGGCACUCUGACAAGUCUGCAGCUAUGCAGCCCCAUAUACAGCAAGCUGAGAUGCACUGUGUGUUCUGACACCUUUCUAUCAUAGCCAGCAUUAACUUUUUCAGCAAUUUGUGCUACAGUAGCUCUUCUGUGGGAUCGGACCAGAUGGGCUAGCCUUUGCUCCCCAUGUGCAUCAGUGAGCAUUGGGCGCUCAUGACCCUGUUGCCACUUCACCAGUUGUCCUUCCUUGGACCAUUUUUGGUAGGUACUAACCACUGCAUACCGGGAACACCCACAAGACCUGCCGUUUUGGAGAUGCUCUGACCCAUUUGUCUAGCCAUCACAAUUUGGCCCUUGUCAAAGUCAGUCAGAUCCUUACGCUUGCCCGCUUCCAACACAUCAAAUUCGAGAACUGACUGUUCACUUGCUGCCUAAUAUAUUCCACCCCUUGAUAGGUGCCAUUGUAAUGAGAUACUCAAUGUUAUUCACUUCACCCGUCAGUGGUUUUAACGGUGCAUCCAUUAUUGAUUUGAAUUGCUGACUACUUGCUGACUGAUGUGUACUGCUGUAUCCAAGAUUUCUCCAUGGGUCUCAGUGCAUUUUAUUAAACUCUGUAUUUCAUCCUAUUGUCAAUCUUUUCCCCAGAGGCUCUCAGACAUACACCUGUUCUUCUUAGAUAUUUUCUCAAAUGUAAUACCAUUCACCAUGUUUCAGGACUUAUCUUACCUUAUCACGGUAAGCCAUGUGUUUAAAUACAUCACUGAUCUAGAAUAAUUGAAUUCCGUCAGUGUAAGCUUUAUUGUCUCCUGAUCUGAUCAAUAUCUGAUCUGUGGUACAUGAGCAAAAUUAAUAAUAGGAUGGUAAAGUGAACAUUUAAAGAGACAUCAGGAUGUGUUAAGAUAAUAUAAAAACAGUGAUGGGUUUGGAAUAAUGUGUCUUGAUCUGAUUUGCAUUCAUUUUGAUUGCACAAUCCUAUGGACAUGACUACACAAGACCCCAGCUCAGGCUGCUUACAAUUAAGCAGAUGUGACCAUCUUGUCUAAGUUUAAGUAUAUCCAUGUAAACUAAGUAUAUCAGCUUUAGUAAAUCCUUUCGCCAAAUGCUCCUCCUCCCAGCUGUUACUCUUCCAAUUAAUACAAGUUCAUCUAGGUUCUUAUGCAUAUUCUGUGUCUACUUUAAAACACCUUAAUCCAUUGUAGCCUUAUAUUAAUCUUUUUUGGUUGUUCAGCAGGUGAUAUCUGUGUUAACUGUGCACUCAUUGUAAUACAUUAUUGUUUCUAUAGUAACAGGUAACACACAUGGACUUGUAUGGUGGACACUCCACAUAAUCUAUAUCUAAUUUAAAAAAAAAAAAGAUAAAAAAUUUUAUUUAACAAAGAAAAAAAAAUGUCUAGUCAUUCAUACGGUGAAGCUUUAUGUACUGAGACGUUUAUUUAACAUUUAUGGAAGGAAUCUCGACUGUGAACGCUUUGUAAGUAAGUUUUCCUCCACGGGAGUCUUCAGGACAGAGAGCUUUGCCCUUGUUGGUAACAUAACAGGCUGUGUUUUUUGUGUUCUUAACAUCAAAAGAGAGGAAAAAAGAGGCGAGCAAGGGAACAACUGUUUAUAGCUUUUAGAACAUUAGUGAUAUCAGGAAUUAACUUAUUUUGUGGAUGUUCCACAACAUUAGAUGUAACCAUAAAUAUAUAAAAUGUAUGAUAACUUGUUUUUAAUUUAAUAGAUAAAAUGUAACAGAGGACAAAUUGCUGUGUUAUAAGAAGAACAAAACAUUUCAGUAACUGCUAUAUUAGGAAAAUAAUCAACUUCCAGUCAUACCAAUUCGGUGUUUGUUGUUUUCCUAUAACUGCAUGGCCUGAAGUGUUUUAUUCAUCUUAUUUAGGUGAAAAUAAAUCAUUGUAAACAAAGCUUUGUAGACUGUGUAGCUCUGAAACACAGACAUUGAGGUAAUAAUUAUAAUAUGCCUUCAUUUAUAUUGUGUAACUAUACACUCUGGUCAUGAUUCACAGUACUGCAUUCAUGAUUCAGUUCAAUUAAACUAUCAAAAUUUCAACAAAAUUUGAAUGAAAAAAAUUAGGACUAAAAAGGUGGCUUUUUAUUACUGUAUAAUAAACAGUGCAAAACCUAAUAUUAAUAUUAAUUAUAUAUAAAUGAAUAUAUAAAACUAAAAACUGCUAUGAACAGAGGUUUAAUAUUGUAAAGAAAAUGUACUACAGGUUCAAAUAAAUUCUCCCCCAAAUUUUCAUUGAAUAAACAAAGUGUCUCGUCUGGGGACUUUGAAAAUGAUCGAUUGAAACAUAAUGAGCUUCGUAGCAGAAAUAGAGCUCCAGAGUCGGCUAAAAUGCCCGAUUUUAUGGAAAUGAAUGUCACAUGGAAAAGAUGUCUCUCUCUCUCUCACACACACACACACACAAUACACACUGAAAAAUGAAAUUUUCAAUGGCUCUCUGACACCUACUUUUAUGAUCAUUACUUGUCAUUUUUCCUGAAACAUUAUAAUAGGACCAGUUUUAUGAUUCUUUUAUAGAAAAUGUUAAAGUGUGUGACUGUAUUUAUGCCCUGGUCAUUUAGCACCUUGAUGGUUUCCUUUAUUUCCUUUUUGAGAACUAAGACCAGCAGAGUGUGUGUGAGGAGUACAGAGGACUCUGGAGAUACUUCUAGUGUCUUGCCCUCAAGUCCUACUCCUACGGUCUCUCUCUCUCUCGCUCUCUCUCUCCCUUUCACUCACAGUCACACACACACUCUCGCUCUCACCUGCUGUGUGUAUGUAUAAUAUUAGUGAGGGUAGAGCAGUGUGAGCAGCUCCACUCUCUCUCUCUCUCUCUCUCUCUCUCUCUCUCUCGCUCGCCCGCGCUGGUUGCUGCUGAUGCUGGCGACUGCACCAGGCUGUUUACUCAUAAUUCAUACGGAGGGAUUCUGGCCUGAUCCACUAUGCUCGCCUCCAUCUGGUACGCUAAGAAGCUGGGACGCAGGCUUGUGCAGAACGCCAGAAAAGCAAAAAUGCAGAAGGCAAGCCCAGCACCAAUUAUAGUCAACACAGACACUCUGGAGUCGGUACCUUAUGUCAAUGGGACAGAAAUUGAAUACGAAUUUGAAGAAAUUACGCUAGAACGGGGUAACUCAGGGUUGGGGUUCAGUAUAGCAGGUGGGACAGAUAAUCCACACAUCGGAGACGAUCCUGGAAUCUUCAUCACCAAGAUCAUCCCUGGUGGUGCAGCGGCCGAGGACGGCAGGCUCCGGGUGAAUGACUGUAUCCUGCGUGUGAAUGAAGUGGACGUGUCCGAGGUUUCCCAUAGCAGAGCCGUGGAGGCGCUGAAGGUGGCUGGCUCUAUUGUUCGACUCUACGUACGCAGAAGAAGACCCAUGCUGGAGACUGUUGUUGAGAUCAAACUCAUCAAAGGACCAAAAGGGCUGGGGUUCAGUAUUGCGGGUGGAGUGGGUAACCAGCACAUUCCGGGUGAUAACAGCAUCUACGUCACUAAGAUCAUUGACGGAGGAGCGGCGCAGAAGGAUGGCAGGUUACAGGUUGGGGACAGGCUCCUCAUGGUUAAUAACUACACUCUGGAGGAGGUGACCCAUGAGGAGGCAGUAGCCAUACUGAAGAACACGUCAGAUGUUGUGUAUUUGAAGGUGGGAAAGCCCACUAGUGUUUACCUUUCAGAUCCCUAUGGGCCUCCCGACAUUACCCACUCAUUUUCCCCUGCUAUGGAUAAUCAUAUCUCUGGUAAUAACGGGACUCUGGAGUAUAAGUCCAGUCUUCCCCCCAUCUCCCCAGGACGCUACUCACCCCUGCCACGCCACCUGCUGGGGGAGGAGGACAUUAACAGGUUGGAUGGCUUUUCAUUCUUACGAAAUCCCUCCUUAGAUGACGGGGAGGGCCACAGGUUUGAGUCCCAGCACUUCCAGUUGAGGCCUCCAGAGCCAGUUUACAGCACUGUGAAUAAACUGUGUGAUCGUGCUCCCUCUCCCCGUCACUACUCCCCCGUGGAGUUUGAUAAAAGCCCACUGCACUCCGUCCCUUUCCCCCACUACCACGUAGGUGUGCUCCCCGACUCCGACAUUACCAGGGAACCAAGGAAGAUCGUGCUGCAUAAGGGCUCCACCGGACUGGGCUUUAACAUCGUAGGAGGUGAAGAUGGUGAGGGAAUCUUCGUGUCCUUUAUCCUGGCAGGAGGACCGGCCGACCUGAGCGGAGAGCUGAGAAGAGGAGACCAGAUCCUGUCUGUAAAUGGCAUUGAUUUGCGAGGAGCUACACAUGAACAGGCUGCGGCUGCACUCAAGGGGGCGGGUCAGACGGUGGCCAUCGUUGCCCAGUACCGGCCUGAGGAGCUUGCGCUGUGCUCUCCACGUCGGGCCGCGCCUCCAGCCACAGAGUACGGGCGCUUUGAGGCCAAGAUUCAUGACCUGAGAGAGCAGAUGAUGAACCACAGUAUGAGCUCCGGAUCAGGAUCCCUUCGAACUAAUCAGAAACGCUCCCUAUAUGUCAGGGCCCUGUUCGACUAUGACCGGUUGAAGGACAGUGGCUUGCCUAGUCAGGGUCUUAGCUUCCGUUAUGGAGACAUCCUGCAUGUGAUUAAUGCGUCAGAUGAUGAAUGGUGGCAGGCACGGAGAGUCACUCCAGACGGAGACAGCGAGGAGAUGGGGGUCAUCCCCAGCAAGAGGAGGGUGGAGAGAAAAGAGCGAGCUCGGCUGAAGACAGUCAAAUUCAACGCAAAGCCUGGCAGCAUUGACUCUAAAGGGUCAUUCAGUGAAAAACGUAGAAAGAACUCCAUCUUUUCACGAAAGUUCCCUUUCUACAAGAACAAGGAGGUGGAUGAGCAAGACGGCAGCGACUCGGAACGGAGCCAAGAGGAUGUGAUCCUCUCCUACGAGCCUGUGAUUCGGCAAGAAAUACGUAAUAACUCAAUACAGCCUGGUUCUUCUUUUGUGCUGGAAACAGUCAACUAUGCCAGACCGGUGAUCAUUCUGGGGCCCAUGAAAGACAGAAUCAAUGAUGAUCUCAUCUCUGAAUUCCCAGACAAGUUUGGCUCAUGUGUGCCACAUACCACGAGAGCAAAGCGAGAUUAUGAAGUUGAUGGGCGAGAUUACCACUUCGUCACCUCACGAGAGCAGAUGGAGAAGGACAUACAAGAGCACAAGUUCAUCGAAGCCGGACAGUACAAUGACAACCUGUAUGGGACCAGCGUCCAGUCAGUUAGAUAUGUGGCUGAGAGGGGAAAGCACUGCAUACUUGACGUAUCAGGAAAUGCCAUAAAGAGGCUACAAGUAGCACAACUCUACCCCAUUGCCAUCUUUAUAAAGCCUAAAUCCAUCGAUUCAUUAAUGGAGAUGAACAAGAGGUUGACAGAAGAGCAGGCCAAGAAGACAUACGACCGGGCCAUGAAGCUGGAGCAGGAGUUUGGCGAGUACUUUACAGCGCUGGUGCAAGAAGACACAUUGGAGGAUAUUUACACUCAGUGUAAGAUGGUAAUAGAGGAGCAGUCAGGACCUUAUAUCUGGAUUCCCUCCAAAGAGAAGCUAUAAGGAACACACUCCCCUACCAGGGACCUCUGGACUGCAAAAAAAACAACAAAAACAAACAAAAAAAACCAUAGGCAUCAUUUGUAACAUAUGAUAAAUUAUUAUGGUAAUGUUUCUUAUUGAUAAUUCUAGUGAAUAUAAUUUCAUUUGUUUGUUUGUUGUUUGUUUAUCUGUUAUGUUGCAUUUUUUUUCACUUUCAAUAUGAAUGUUUCUGAAUGUACACCACAAAGUGUUGGAGACAUUUUUUUGGCCUUCGAAAAAAGGGACUGUUUGUAUAUAUAUUGGAUAGUAUUUUUCAUUAAGAGAAAAAAUGAUCAGAUGCAUCAAAAUGUACACUGGCCGUUUUCGUUCAUGUUAAUCCCGGUUGGAGUUUGAACAGGAAGGACAGAGCAGUCAGGGUCAGGACUCUGGAAGAUGGAUGAUCUUCACACCACGGCCGUCAUCUUAACUAUCAGUUUUGCUCGCUUCAUAGCCGGCCGCCGCCCUGCAGGACCCUUCUCCCCACCAUCAGCUCUCUCUGCAGCGCUCUACAUCUCACCCAGUUUGGAUCUAUGCAUUCCACUUUUCCUUAUUUGUACACUGAUUUCCAUAUUUAUGUUUAUUUCACGUCAUCCCCUUUAUUUGAGUGUUUUCUUGAAAAUUUCUAAUUUCAAAUUGUACACGUAGCUAUGGAGCUCUCAGAAAAAGUCGAAUGAUGCUUUAAUUUGUGUGAACUGUAAAAAGGGAUACAGCUAGUAUAGGCUCUAUAUAAAUCAUUAUAUGACACUAUAUUUUGCUAUUUAUAUUGAUAUAGGGCACAACAGAACAAAACUAUUUAUAAAUAUGUACAACUUUGUUUAAAAAACACUUUUGAAAAAGAUUUUACUGGUGUAAAAUAGGGUGGAGUAAGUAGACGUAGAAACGGUUGUGGUGUUUUGCAUCCUGUGAGAAUUAGUCUUCUUUAAGGAAGUGUGUGUGUGUGUGUGUGUGUGUGUGUUUGGUAAUGCAUGCUGGUGACCAAUACUUUUUUCUGAUCAAACUCACGCUGUCUGAAUGCAAAAUGUGAAGCACAGAAAUGCAGACAUUUGGAGUUUUCUAAAUUCUGGCUUCUGGUGAAGUUGUAAAAAAAAAUAGCAGCUAAAGGAGGAACAGUUCUGUUUUGUUGCUGAGGCUGAUGCCACUGUUAAAGUCAAGUACCUGUUUCCUGUGCCAUGUCUCUAUUAACAAGAUAUAAUGAAAACCAGAAGCUUCAAACAUGUAUACGGCAGAAAUGUGUGUGUAUGUGUGUGUGUGUGUGUGUGUGUGUGUGUGUGUGUGUGCAAAACAGCAUUUACAUGCAGAGUAAGGCACUUGGACCUGUACACAUAUUUUAUAUGUAUGUGCUCGUACCCUUCUUAGAACUAGGACUAAGACUUAGCUACUGUUUUUCUAGCGGAAAGUCUAAACCACAAAGGUCAAAACAACGUGCAGAGCAGGAAAUCAUAUUGUUCACGCUGACAUGCAGUGUGUUGUGUAGAGGCCUGCUGAUUUAUUGGUCACCACUUGCCUUAAAGAUGAAUGAUGAUUUUUGACUGGGAGGGAAUUUUUCUACAUGUUGCUCUGACUGACAGCAUUUGUGCUGGAUUUUCAUUAUAAUUCAAAUGUGUGACAGAUGAUGUGAAAAUGUUGAGAGAAAGUUGAGAAAGCAUAAAGCACCGUAAUCAUGGUCUACAUGAAGAGUGGACGAGAUUUUGUGGCAUCCUUAUGCCACGAUUAUCUCCCUUCCUAAUAGAAUCAAAUAUCAAGGAAAUUUUCCCAAAUGUCUUUGUUUUUAUACAGCAUAUUGUUCCUAAAAUUAGAAUUGUUUAUAUAGCUAAGGCCUGAAUAUGCUGGAGGAGGGACUUCAUUGGUGGGAAUCUUACAAUUACAUUUUAAUGAAAAAAAAAAAAAAAAAAAAACGCCUGCCAGGAGGCCAUUCACUGCGGCAAGCCUAACACACUAGAGACAAAGCAAUAAUUUGCAUAAUACCAAUCUAAAUUCGUUAUUAUUGUCACAGUGGAGCUGCUUGUGAUUCAGAUAGCAGCCGAAACAGUUGACUGUCACUUCAGUGUAUCCAGGCCUUGUGCUUUCACGUUGUGUUUCACAUUAUUGUAUCCUGUUUCAUCAUAGCAUUUCAAAUGUACGUCAAAUAAUUAGCUCAUUUCCUUUGGGAUGGUUUGCAUGAUGUCACCUUAUAGACAGUGUGCACUGGAGAGAGGGUUCCUGCAACAUUAUGGUGCUCCCUGUGUCAUCUAGUCCCCUAAAACAGCCACCGUAAUAAACAACUGACAGAAAUGGAGCAGUAUUUUUUCUCAGGGUUGCCACAUAGGGCGUAAUUACUGAUCAAACCAAACCCCAGAGGGCAACGUGUUAAAAUUAGUGACAAAUAAAGCCUUUUGUUUCUCUCCUGAUCUUCCUUAGCACACUAAAGUACUGUACUUAAUUAAAAUAGGAUUACACUUCCCCUUUCUUCUUUCAUGCCUAAUAAUGUGCAAUGUUGUAAAUAAUGUUCCAUUAGCACUUUAGUCAUACUGCAAACGAUUUUCUGCCCAGCACCCAUUUUUUUUAGACUCUAUUUCUCUUGAAACAUUUCAUGCUCCCCUUCACUUCAUUGUACAUAUAGAGUUGUUUCAUUCCAUGGGUGUAAACAUUUAAAGCACACUUAUCAUGUUAUCACUGACAUACGUUCUUAUAGAAACAGUUUUGUUCUUUUUGUAUUUAUAUUUUCAAAGAAAAAAUGAAAAGAAGGAACAAGUCCUUUGCAUCCUGUUGCAGUAUGUACCCCAAUCGCUUUGAAAAAUCACAAUAAACUUUUGCUUUAGGCAUAUAUGAAGGCACUCCACUCAUGUCUACUAAUGUAAAUUAAAGAUUUGGUGGGACUUUUCCACGCAAACUGA